GUGAUCCCGUUUGCCUCUGCAGUGUGGACCACCAUGACCUCACCAUGUUCUCAAACAACCCCAUCAUCUCCUGCUCAUUAUUUGGUGAUCCCACCAGUACUACAGUCCCCUCCGUCACUUUCAAAUCUCAAAGAUCACCGUUUCAGCACAGGCAACCUAUCCGUGACCACGCCCGGCACGCCAGGUCUUGAAAGUUCAGCAUCAUCGGUAACGAAUCUUGAUUUGAAUGACAGCAUUCUUGUCCAUGAGGUAGACCCAGAGCUGGACACUACUCACAGCGAAGAUACAACUGCAGUCGGUCAAAUAGAUGAUGUAGCUGACGAAGGAUCCAGGAAGAACCUGCGGGACCAUCUACGGCGGACCUUGAGUGUUCAGAGGGAGAAAUCAGACGCAAAGCGAAAAACUGAUGAAUUUCUAGAAAUCAGUUCCGUGUCUCCUGACACAAUCUGGGGCAGACUUCAAGUCUGAUGACCCGUGCCGAGCGUGCACCCAGACACAGUGGUCACAGAUACAGAACUGGUAUCUGCGUAGACCUUCAUUCAGACCGCUCUUGAAGAAUAUAGACCUCGAGAGUACUUUGUACUUACCGACGCUGGAAAACCUGUAUUCACUAGUCGCCCUGAUGGGCAGGACGUUGAGAAUUUAUCCUCUAUCAUGGGCAUAGUUCAAGCGCUUUUGUCAGUCUUCCUCGACGAUGGCGAUAAGCUACGCUGUAUAAAUGCCGGAAGAUUGCGGAUAACCUUCCUGCUUCGGUCCCCCCUGUAUUAUGUUUGCGCAUCAUCGUGGGGUGAGCCAGAGUCUGUC